GAACAUGCAAAAAGAAAUGGUCGUGUUGUGGAGAGGAUUGUUACUAUUUUUCACAUGAAUUGAAGAACUUUGAAGACAGUAAGAAACUCUGCAAGAAAAUGAACUCCAUGCUACUUAAGAUAGAAGAUGUAGAAGAACUGAAUUUCAUUAAAAGUCAAAUAUCUUAUUUCUAUUGGAUUGGAUUGUCCCGUAUAGGAACGAGCCAUCCCUGGACCUGGGAAGAUAACUCAAAACCCUUUCACGAAAUAUUUACUUUAAGUAAUUGGAAAGAGUCUAAUAGUGGAAAUUGUGGAAGUCUAAUAGCAACAAAGAUGGAUGCUUCUGACUGCUCCAGAUCCAUGUUCUACAUUUGUGAGAAGAAAAUCACUUGUCUUCCUACUUAAUGAUGAAAACAAAAAUAACAGCAACAAUGCAGAAUUCAUUUUUUUUUCUUUAUAACAACACAGAUUACUGGAAGUUCCAGAAUCUCUUUUCUCUUUCGGACUAUCUUUGCUAUCUUAUGGACUGUACCUGUAUCUUAGCUUUUUGUUGAGACGAAUCUGAAAUAUUGUAUGUAUUAGAAUGAGGUCCAGCAGACCAACACUCCUGCCUUUUCACAAAAGUGUGAGGUCACACUAUUUACAAGCACGUGUUGGAAUGAGAGAGGCAGCACUUCUGA